ACUUAUACAGUAGUCCUCAGCCUGAUGCUUGUUUUCUGGAUGUUGGAGGGUCAUGACAGCCUAUUUUAUCCCAGCCUGAAAAACUAAUACAAUUAAAUCAGAGAAUCAUAGCAGGGAACAGUCAUCAUCCUCUUCUAUGAAUAGCCAGACAUUUUACCAAGGGGUCACUUUACUGAAACCUGCUUGCAGUUCUACGUAAAUAGAAGUAACUAGGCAGAUGUAAUAAGCCUAAUACCUCACUGAUGUGGGAAUUCUCUGCCUUUGGAUUCUGACUGUGACUGCCUUGCUUUGGCUUAGAAAUGGAUAAGCUCUUCUGCAGUCAGCAAAAAUGGGCUGCAGCCAACAUGGUGGGAGACUUCCCUAUCUGACCUCCAACCUUCCCAGAGGAGGGGCAGAAAAGUAGCCCUCACUUCUCCACUCCCAGGAAAUGUGCAUUUCCCUGCAAAGGAGAGACAAUAACAUUUGGUUUGAUAGCUGACACUAUUCUCUGUUACUUUAUUAAAAUUAAAUGUGCUAAUCCUUUGUUCUUUCACCCCAGGGCAAUUAUGGAAAGAAAACAUAUCUUAAGAUUGAACAGAAAAACUAUUAUGAAAGACACCAAGUACACAUUUGUUAAAUGACUUUGUGCUCUUGAAAAGAAAUGUAUAAAAAGCACAUUGCCAACUGCUCUGCACGAUAUCCUUUGUUUGGAUUUUAGAUGCAGCUUGACUGACACAGAGAUCCUGAAUAAGAGACUCUUUGGAUGCUGAAAAGUCUUUUAAAGAAGGUGAUAUACAGAUUUCAGAGAACAAUUUCAACAUUGUUCUGUUGAAGGUUAUACUCAGCCCUGAACCACAUUACUUUCCUGUCUACAUUUCAUUUCCUGGGGGCUUGCCAAGUGAUAAACAGACCCAGGCGUGUGUGGUAGAUUUGAGGUUUUUUAGCACGAAGUGGGCGGCGGGAGUUUGCUUUAAAACGUCAAUUGACUUUAUGAUCAUUAUGGAAAUGCUGGUGUAAGGUCUUCAAAAGACAAUGGAGAAAAAAUGGAAAUACUGUGCUGUCUAUUACAUCAUCCAGAUACAUUUUGUCAAGGGAGUUUGGGAACAAACUUUCAAUACAGGAGAAAACAUUUAUGCUCCACUUGGAUCUGAUGUCAACCUGACCUGCCAAACACAGAAGACAGGCAUCUUGGUGCAGAUACAAUGGUCCAAGGUCACGGAUAAGGCAGACCUGAUUGCCCUUUAUCAUCCCCAAUAUGGCUUCCACUGUGCCCAUGGGACUCCCUGUGAGUCCCUGGUGACUUUCACAGAAACGCCUAAGAAUGUGUCAAAAUGUACUCUGCAUUUAAGGAAUGUGUCUUCUUCGGUCAGUGGAAAGUACGAGUGUAUGAUUACUGUGUAUCCACAAGGCAUUCAGACUACAAUCUACAACCUUCUCAUCCAGACACGUGUUACACCAGGCGAGUGGAAAAUCAACCAUACAAUAGAAAUAGAGAUAAAUCGAACUCUGGAAAUACCAUGCUUUCAAAAUAGCUCCUCAGAAAUUUCAUCUGAGUUCACCUAUGCAUGGUUGGUGGAAUAUAAUAGAACUCAGGAAACACUUAUCACCCAAGAUCACCUCAUCAGCAAUUCCACAUUAUUUAAAGAUAGAGUCAAGCUUGGCACAGACUACAGACUCCACCUCUCUCCAGUCCAAAUCUUUGAUGAUGGGCGGAAGUUCUCUUGCCACAUUAGAGUCAGUCCUGACAAAAUCUUGAGGAGCUCCACCACUGUCAAGGUUUUCGCUAAACCAGAAAUCCCUGUGAUUGUGGAAAAUAACUCCACAGAUGUCUUGGUAGAGAGAACAUUUACCUGCUCACUAAACAAUGUAUUUCCCAAAGCAAAUAUCACAUGGUUUAUAGAUGGAAGUUUCCUUCAUAAUGAAAAAGAAGGAAUAUAUAUUACUAACGAAGAGAGAAAAGGCAGAGAUGGAUUUUUGGAGCUGAAGUCUGUUUUAACAAGGGUGCAUAGUAAUCAACCAGCCCAAUCAGAUAACUUGACCAUUUGGUGUAUGGCUUUGUUUCCAGUUCCAGGAAAUAAAGUGUGGAACAUCUCAUCAGAAAAGAUCACUUUUUCCUUAGGUUCUGAAAAUUCCCCAACAGACCCUCCAUUGAGUGUUACAGAAUCUACCCUUGACACCUUACCUUCUCCAGCCAGCAGUGUAUCACCUACAAGAUAUCCGGCUACAUCUUCAGUGACUCUUGGAGAUGUGAGUGCCUCGAAACCAAACAGCACUCCUCAAUCCAGCAAUUCCAGCGUGACAACCCGAGGCUUCGGCUACCCCCAGACCUCCAGUGGGACAGAGGCCAAAAAAUCAGUUUCACGGAUACCCCAUGAAACACACAGUUCAUCUCCCUCAGGUGCAGGCUCAACACUUCAUGACAAUGUCUUUACCAGCACAGCCAGAGCAUUUUCAGAAGUCCCCACAACUGCCAAUGGAUCUAUGAAAACUAAUCACAUCCAUAUCACUGGUAUUGUGGCCAAUAAGCCCAAAGAUGGAAUGUCCUGGCCAGUGAUUACAGCGGCUUUACUCUUUUGCUGCGUGGUAUUGUUUGGCCUUGGAGUGAGAAAAUGGUGUCAAUAUCAAAAAGAAAUCAUGGAAAGACCUCCCCCUUUCAAGCCACCGCCACCUCCCAUCAAGUACACUUGCAUUCAAGAGCCCAACGAAAGUGAUCUGCCUUGUCAUGAGAUGGAGACCCUCUAGUCUCGUGAGACUUUGCCCCACAACAGAACUCUGCUGGAAUUCUAUUGAGAAGGUAGACAUUGUGCUUUAUUAAUACAGUCACUCUUCAGCCACCUCCCUCUGCUACAGCUGAAAUGGGAGUCAGAAGUGAGUGAUCUGUUUUCCCAGCAACUCACCCUCUUUCAUCUCCAAAUGCCUGAAACUUAACUAAGAGUGAAAGGAUAUGCCAUGCUCACACUCAAUGCAAUUUGUAGAGGUUUUCUUGCUUAUGUAAGAAGUGUACAAUAGUCUGCCAUCAUUAAAAAAAAUACAAUAUUUUCAUUUAAACUCUCUGAUGGAGGGACAACAACGGUUUCAAGUGUAUGCCCAUGGCUGAUCCUCUUAUUUGAACAUCUAUCAAUAUUGUAAGCUAUUUGCCAAAAUCCUGGGGUUUUGUUGCAUUCCCUAAGACAAUUACAAGAAAAAGUCAAUGUAAAAGUUCUAACAAGACUGCCAAGUAAUGGAGAAGUAUGGUUAAUCUUCAUAUUGAAAUUCUGUUGUUUAUUUUCCUGGAAGGAAAACCAGGAAAAGAACCACAAGAACCACAUUUUCAGUCCCCCUUCACUGUCUUCCUACCAUGUUCAGCCCAGACUCCUGCCACAUGGACCAGGAUGAAGAGGUAUCAAAGAGAUAACUAACCAACAACCAAGUAGGCUGGAAGAUAUAAAACUUCACUGGCCUCUAAAAUUAUAUGAGCCAAGAGUGGUUUCAUUUGAGUGCCUUCAUGUGCGUGUCCAUCAAACUGGUACCAAACUGUUUUGUAAGUAAACAGGCAGCCUAAGCCCAACCCUACUCAUCUAAUUCCUGUUAUUCUCUUUUUCAUCUGGGGACUUUCCUGUUCAUCUAACCCGCCUGUUUUGAUCUGUUUUGAAAAAGAUAAAGAGCCUCAAAUCAGACCAGCACUGAUUAAUUAACCUUGCUCCUACCAAUCUUUUACAAAAUAGUUGAAGCAGAAUGUAUAGGUGUCAGAGAAGAAACCUAGUCAGCCAGACAUGUUCUGUAUUUGGCAACAGUUUGUGAGCGAAUAAAUUACCAAAUCUCCUUGUCUCUUGAAACCUUCCCACACUCUCUGCUCCAGGAGGGAAAAACAGAUGUUGUUGACAGAUAACAGUGAUUGGCAAAUUCUGCGUGGACUUUAAUCCCAAAAGGAAACUUUAGUUCAUUUGCAGUAUACUUAUCCCUGACUGCACAUGAGAAUAUCUUGUGCAGUUAUUUGGAGAGUAUGUCUUUUUCUUAAGUACCAUAGCUGUCACACUCCAGUUCAAUUAAAGCAAAAUGUCUGAGGAGUGAGGCACAGGCAUCAGCACUCUCAGAUGAUUCACAUGUUCAGCCAAAGUUGUGAACUGCUGAGCCAGUGGAAGUUCUUUCUCAUUCAUAAGAAUCUGAGGUAGGUGCUUAACUUAUAGUGGCCAGCCUCUAAGAUGAGCCCCAGUGUUCUUGCCUCCUAGUAUUCACAUCCUUAAAUAGUCCCCUCCAACACUGAAUACAGAUGAUUCAUGUAACCUGGGGCCAGGAUUAAGGUGAAGCAAUCAAUGUACCUGGGAAAAAAAUGUAAGGAGGCAUUCACACUCGGGGUCACGCACUUGCACAAUGUUGAGAGUGAGUACCAGUCUCAUCCUUGGUAUAGCCAAAAAAGCUUAGAACUGACCAAGGCUAGGUCAUAAAAUACACUGUGGCUUCCACUUUGAUCUCUCUUUGACCACUGACACUGGGAAAAGCCUAUUCCAUGCCAUGAAGAUACCCAGGCAGCCCUACUGAGAAAUCCACCUGUCAAGGAACUGAGGUAUUUUGCCAACAAGCAUUAACUUGCCAGCCAUGUAAGGGAGUCAUCUUGGAAGCAGAUCCUCCAGCCACCAGUCAAGUCUUCAGAUAACUGCAACUUCAGUUGAUCUUUUGAGCAAGACCUCAAGAGAGCCAAAACUACCCAGCUAAGCCUUUUCUAAAUUUCUGAACCUCUAACAUAUGAGAUAGUGUUUAUCUUUUAACACCAUUAAGUUUGAGUAUAAUUUGUUACAUAGCAAUAGAUAACUAUACAGCUCAAUAACUGAAAAAAUAAACUGCUACCUGCCUUAAUUAAUUCCUUAAUAGUUCUCAAGAAACAAAUUCUAACUUUAUAUGUAUGGCUGUUGCUUCAUGUGUAUAGUUAUUUGUAUUUAAUAUGACUUAAUCAUCAGUAAUUUGUGUACAAAGCAUUGUGGCUUUAUUUUACUGUUUUAUUAGGAUAUAUGAAUACAAGUAGAAAGUAGGGGUAGAAAGUGGGGGUAAAAAGUGGCAGGGUUGGAGGUAUUUAGAUCGUUUCAGUAAAGGGAGAGACAGUUUUACAGUAAAACAUAAAUCCAUGUAAUUUAUCAAUCUAUCACAUGACAGGUAUCUCACUGUGUUUUUAUAUUAGCUCCUCUUUGAAGUACAGUCUUUAUGUCUCAUAAUUAAGUUCUGCUUAUCAUUUGCAUAUUCAUUACAACUUGAAUAGAGUGAGCAGUUCCUUAUCCAUGGAGCGGUCCUCAGUGAAUAGUUCAGAUGAACUUUUCACAAACCUGCAAAUUAGAGGGGCCCCAGAUGCCUUUUAGGUAGUACUGUGAGCUUGACAUCCCUUAUUUGACUAACAUGACAGUUUCAUUUGAGCCCUAAAUUGUGUAAAAGUAAAUUCAUAGAGUCUGUCUCAACCAGCAACUCCUGUCUCUAGAAGUGAAUUCAGCUCUGUCUCAUAGGAGAAAUAGCAAUACUAGACUCUAAUCCCUAAGGUUUAAUUUUCACUGAGAAAAAGCCACAUGUAAGUAUGUUUGCUGUUUAUUUCCAAAACACUGUGUGUUGUUGUUAUUUAGAUAUUCAUUUCCUUACCCACCUGCACCAGGAGCACAUCUCAAAUUGACUAUAUGAUUUGUUUUACAAUAGAGUAUCAUGGGCAUGGCUAACCCAAGGUUUGAAAACUACUUCUAUGAUUGAUUCACUCUCUUCUUUUCUACCAUCACGAUGUGAAGAUCAUUUUCAAUCUAUCCUACUAGUGCUAAGAAGAAGAAGAAAGGCUCAUGGAGCAGAACCCCUCAAGGCUGGCCCAGUCUAGAUCAGCAAAACGCACAGCCUACCUCAACAGGCACACAAGUUAAAUAGUUUCAUGCCACUGAAAUUGUGUGAUUAUUACAUAAUAUUGUAGCAAUAGUUAACCUACACAUAUAGAUCCAGAGGUAGGCAUAUUUUAGCUCAAAUGUAAGUGCCUAAUGCACACUUUAGUUUAAAAAAAAAAGUAUUUUCAAUUUCUUGGUUCAGCAUGAGUUUUGUUUUAACUAAAGAAGAUAUGGUUGAUUUCACCAAAUUAACUUUGCAUUUAUAGGUCUUUAAAAUCACAGAACAUCUGACCAGGAUGGGUAUUAGAGGUUAUUUUACAAAUAAUGAGUUAAGGGUUCUAUGAAAUUGACUUGCCCAAGGUCACACGAUUGGAAAUGAUAGAGCCAAAAUGAUGACCCAGUUCUCUGAUUUGUAGCCUAGUGUACAAUCAAUAUUUAAUUUCUUUGGC